AUGACCACUACUACCACUUUCUACGACUUUUUCAAGCUAACAUUCUUUGCCUUUUUUGUUUUCCCCUCUGCAAAUUCAGUUUCUUUCAAGAUAUCUCGCUUUGAGUCCAAUCUCUCCAUUAUACAAUAUCAUGGAGAUGCUGUACCUUCUGUUGGAGCUGUUGAGAUGAACAAAGUCAAUUAUCUAUGUCGUGUUGGCUGGGCCACAUAUGCGGAGAAGGUGCCACUCUGGGACUCCAAAACUGGAAAUCUCUCCGACUUCACAACUCGUUUUUCCUUCAUUAUUGAUACCCAAGGCAGUGAUAGUUAUGGUCAUGGGCUUGCAUUUUUCCUUGCACCUGUUGGGUUUGAAAUCCCACCAAAUUCAGCAGGUGGCUUUCUGGGUCUGUUUAACACCACAUCCAGUGAUUCAAUUCUCAACCAAAUUGUUCUGGUUGAGUUCGAUUCUUUCGUGAAUUCUGAAUGGGAUCCUCCAUUUCAGCAUGUGGGUAUCAACAAUAACUCCAUUUCUUCUGCUGUCUACACUCCAUGGAAUGUUAGCUUACACAGUGCAGAUACUAUCGAUGCAUUUAUUAUCUACAACGCUUCAAGUAAGAAUUUGAGCGUCUCUUGGACGUUUCAAAGGACUUCCCUUCCUCAUGACAAUACUAGCCUUUCAUACAAUAUUGAUCUCUCAAAGGUUCUUCCUGAGUGGGUCACAAUUGGAUUUUCAGCUGCUACUGGUUCGAAUUUUGAGCGGCAUACGCUUUUGUCAUGGGAGUUCAGUUCAAGCUUGGAUAUAAAAGAAACGAACGGAAGGAAGAUGAGAAAUAUAAGAUUAAUCGUGGGUUUGUCAGUUUCUGUUGUUGUUUUGGUAGCUGGGAUUAUUAUAGGAUUUGCAGUACUCUGGAGGCGUAAACAGAAGGUGAAAGAACGAGCAGAAGCAAUGAACUUAACAUCAAUUAAUGAUGACCUAGAAAGAGGUGCGGGACCAAGGAGGUUCUCUCAUAAAGAGCUUGCUUCGGCUACCAACAAAUUUGCAAAUGAGAGGAAGUUGGGUGAAGGAGGGUUUGGUGCCGUUUACAAGGGCUACUUAGCAGAUGUAGACAUGCCAAUCGCGGUGAAGAAAAUCUCGAGGGGGUCUAGACAAGGGAAAAAAGAAUACAUAACAGAGGUAAAGAUCUUUAGCAGGCUGAGGCACCGAAAUCUAGUGCAACUCAUAGGAUGGUGUCAUGACAGUGGUGAGUUCCUACUUGUCUAUGAGUUUAUGCCCAAUGGAAGCCUUGAUGCUCACCUCUUUGGCAAGAGGAGCCCUCUCACUUGGGCAGUGAGGUACAAGAUUUCUCUAGGGUUGACCUCUGCGUUGCUCUACCUUCAUGAAGAGUGGGAACAAUGUGUGGUUCAUCGAGAUAUCAAGUCAAGCAAUGUCAUGCUAGACUCUAGUUUCAAUGUCAAGCUUGGUGACUUUGGGUUGGCUCGGCUUAUGGAUCAUGAGCUAGGUCCACAGACAACCGGGCUGGCUGGAACUUUAGGAUACCUGGCUCCAGAAUACAUAAGCACGGGUAGAGCUAGCAAAGAGUCAGACGUAUACAGCUUUGGGGUGGUCGCCUUGGAAAUUGCCACUGGAAGAAGGUCAAUUGAUCCUAUGGAUAAGGAUUCUCACAUGGGAUUGGUAGAGUGGGUUUGGAAUCUUUAUGGAAGAGGAGAUCUUCUUUUAGCUGUGGAUGGGAAGUUGCAAAAGGAUUUUGACGAAAAGCAAACUGAGUGCUUGAUGAUUGCUGGACUUUGGUGUGCUCACCCUGAUAGCAAUCUGAGGCCCUCUAUUAGACAAGCAAUUCAAGUUCUCAAGUUUGAGGCAACAAUGCCAAAUCUUCCAACACAGAUGCCUGUUCCAGUAUAUCAUGUGCCAACACCAUCUUUUAGCUCUGGUGAACCUUCCAUAACUACAAGUCUCGGCCAACACGGUCGUUAA